AUGGCCUAUUUCGAGGACCACGAUGGAGGCCGUUUCGGGAAGAAUUUCGAUGGUCCCGUCGGACCUCGCAGACCACGUCUGGUCACCGAUUAUGGCUCUUCAAUGGUACAAUGGAUGCGAACUCGCCAGCCGCGAUACAAAGGAGGACAUAGACUGGAGACAGAGCGACCAAGUCCCAGCUUUGCAGUUGAUGUCCUUCCUCCGAUGGCGCGUCCUUUCUCCGCCGUCGACACGAUUCCGGUACGACACCUUCACCAGUCUAUCGGAAAGUCAAAGAAACCUAUCGUCGUCGUGCGAUGGACUCCCGAAGGAAGGCGAUUGUUGACCGGAGGUCACACGGGAGAAUUUAUGUUAUGGAACGGAACAGCUUUCAACUUCGAGACGGUCAUGGACGCGCACUACGAUCAAAUACAGGCCGGUGUCACUUCACUGGCAUGGGCUCAUAGCCAAGACUGGCUGAUCUCCGGUGGACAAAGAGGAGAUAUUAAGUAUUGGCGACCCAACUUCAACAACGUCGAGACGAUCGACGACGCCCACCACGAUGCAGUUCGCGAUCUUUCAUGGGCCCCAAGUGACACAAAAUUCCUGUCCGCGUCCGACGAUACGACACUCAAGAUCUUCGAUUUCGCUACUCGAACAGCCGAUACUACCCUGACCGGACACAACUGGGAUGUCAAAUCCUGUGACUGGCACCCUACCAAAGGAUUGAUUGUUUCCGGAUCCAAGGAUCAUCAGGUCAAAUUUUGGGACCCACGCACUGGGCGAUGCUUGACCACACUUCACAGCCAUAAAAACACGGUCACGUCUACGCGCUUCUCUCGAGUGAACAGCAAUCUUCUCGCUACAUCUUCGCGCGACCAAACCGCACGAGUCUUCGAUCUGCGGAUGAUGCGCGAUAUCUGCAUUCUGCGAGGCCACGAAAAGCCAGUUUCUUCAUUGACAUGGCACCCCAUUCACAGCAACCUGAUCUCAACCGGUGCCGAGGACGGCUCUCUUUAUCACUACCUGCUUGACGAGCCGAACCUGCCCGCCGGCCAUGCUCCUACCGUGGCCCCAUACGACAGCCCGGACCCGGCUAAUACUCCGCCGCAAGUUAUUUACCCCGCCCAUCGGAUUCAAUAUGCACACGGAGCUACGAUUUGGUCAUUAGACUGGCACCCACUGGGUCACAUCCUGGCCUCUGGGUCUAAAGACAAUUUCACUCGAUUUUGGUCGCGGACACGACCGGGUGAGACUAGUUACAUGAAAGAUCGAUUCCACAUCGGCGAAGAAGCUGCCGAAGCCCAGGGAACAUGGAGUCGAGGCUUCGGUCGCAAACAGAUGCGCGAUGACGAGGAGCAAGAAAUUCAAGACGAAGCCGACAGCCUGGUCGACCAGCGCCGGCCAGGUACUUCUGCUCUGCCAGGUAUUCAAAGUGCGCCGCUGGCCGGCUCCCAGAACGAUGGUCCAGGCUUGUUACCCGGCAUUGGCAACGCACCUCCUCCGCCGCCCAGUGCUAUGAGUGGGAUGAAUCCAGAGCGGUUGGCUGCGCUCAUGGGCCAACAACCGCCACCUCAGUCAAAUCCACAAAAUCCAGGAAUGCCUGGAUUUGCUUUGCCUGGAAUGACCGGCACCCCGCCGGUGAAUAUGGACAUGGCGCAACUGCAAAAGCAGCUUCAAGGAUUCCCCAUGCCCCAAAAUUUCAAUCUCCAAGCUCUGGCGAAUACCCCUGGCUUCCCUGGUGGGUUUGGCGGCCUGCCUGGGUUGGGUGGAAUGCCCGAUGCUAAUCAGAGACGGUGA